AUGCUUGAUGUGGUCAUUGUGAAUAGUGUGCCAUUCACAGGCUGUAUCCAGGGAGGUCUGCAUGAGGGGAAGACCAUCACUGUGACAGGGAGAGUCCUGCCAGGAUCCCAGAGGUUUCAUGUGAAUUUGCAAUGUGGCUCAAAAGAAGUACCUGAUGUAGCCCUCCACUUCAACCCCCAAUAUGAUGAUUCCAGACAACAUGCGGCCUGCAACACCAUGCUGUGCUCUAAGUGGGGGCCCAGAGGAUCAUACAUAUUCGUCUUAUCCGAGGUGAUUGUGAAUGGUGCUCACUUCAUGGAGUACCUGCACCAGAUGUCAAUCACCCAAGUGGACACCAUCUUCGUGUCUGGGGACGUGGAGAUCGAAUCCAUUGCCUUCUCCAACUCUGCACCAGUUCAGUUGCGGAAGGGGUUCGCCAACACAGCUGAUAUAACCUAG